AUGUCGGAACGCCCCUCUCCUCCGUCCAGCUCGUACUUGGAGCCCCCAAGAAAGAGCGUGGAGCUUGAGGACCCAGGGGCCCCUGAUCAUACCUCCGAUAGCGACGAGGAGCAUUUCUCAGAUGCCAGCGAAGGCAACUCACGUUCUCGGUCCCGCCCAGAGUCUCGUGCAUCUCCUGUGCCCCGGACGCGAGUAGAAAAGGUGGACGACGCCCCUUCACACGGCGAUAUCCCAGGGACCAGUGCCUAUGAGAAGAGAGAAUUGGAUGCUGUUCCUGAUGAAGUUGAAGUGAUCUCCCGUAGCAGGAGUCCUUCCACUGCGGGGCAGCGUCGCCGCUCCGUAACCCCAGGGGGUACACGUAUUCCCCAGACUAUGGUGGAAAAAGUUGACCCCGACCAACCAAGCUACGGCGAUGUUCCUGGGACAGAGGCAUACGAGAAGCGGAAAGCGGAUGCUGUUCCCGAUGUUGUCACGAAAACUUCCGAAUCCACAAGCACCUCCGGAUCUCCUACGGACCCUGACGAAGUCAACACCACGACUACGUCUGUGCCAGGAACUCUAGUCUCUGAGGUGGACCCUUUGCAGGAUGAUGAAACCCUGCACUCCGGCCCGCUUGCGCAUCGUAGGCGCCCGAGUGAUACUUUGCCGGAUACAACAGAGACCGUAUCUGACCCUCCCGGUAAGUUUAUCCAGUUCCUUAUCCCCCUUGGGGGCUCAAAAAUUCAGGGACGAUUGACCAAUUCAGAUCCCGCGCCUGAAACAAGUAGCUCCCCAGAUCCGGCUCACCCUCCACAACAAUCAAAAUUGACGGGGGAGGAACCUACUGAAGCUGGGGGCGGCGGUGAUGACUUCGACGAUUUCGCGGAGGGACAUGAUGACGAUUUUGGGGACUUCGACGAUGGUUUUCAAGAACCAGAUGCGGACCUCGCUGAACCUGAACCUGCCUCUAUACAACCGUCUCAACAACCGACCCCGCCAUAUGUUCCUCCUUUAAUAGACUUUGACACUAUUCAAUCCUUCCCCGACCUGCUCACGACUCUUGAUGAACCUCUUGAUCGACUCUUCCCUGCAUCCAAAGCUACCCUUUUCAGCCAAUCCGAACUGGAACCCAUUUCAAACUCUUCCGCCAUCUUCAGCACUGAACGUUCCCUUUCCCUAUGGUCGCAGCUAGUCGCCCCACCCCCGCUCCAGCCCCAGAAUUGGGUCAAGUCCCGGAUCCGCCGCCUAUUCCUCGUCUCUCUUGGCGUUCCUGUAGACUUGGACGAGAUCCUCCCAGCAUCUAAACAGAAGAAGCUCGUCCUCCCAUCCAUCAACAUCGGCGGACCCAACUCGAACGGCCAGGAUUCACUAUCUCGUUCCCAGAGCCUCGCCGGAAAAGGCUCCCAAAGCGGGCCAAACAGCCCGCGCACUUCCGGCACCGCAACUCGACAGCGGUCAUCCAGACGGCGCGAACCGUCACCACCAGAGCUUGAUCUCACGUUAGUAAGACGGCUCUGCGCGACCACCGACGCCGCACUAGAUGGGUUCACCGACGCGGAACUCCAAGCCCACGUCAAGGAGCUGGAAAAGCUCACAUUGCGUGCCUCCACCGUCCUUGAAUUCUGGCUUAAACGCCGAGAUGGCCUCGUAAGCGAAAAAGAGGCUUUCGAAGGCGUGAUAGAGAAUCUUGUCAACCACGCCCGGCGAGUAAGGAAAUAA